AUGCCUGCUAUGAUUGAACUCGACAGCGGUCCCAUCACAUACGAGGACGCGGUGGACUCUGAAGACAAUGUUAUCGACCAGCUGGCCUACUUCGAUAAGACCAAGAAAUUAUUCGAUAAUCUUUGGCAUCAGAAACGGUCGAUUGAGGAUCUUACCGCACACCACCUUGGUCUAGGCUGGAACGACAUCUGUAUUGUUCAAGACCGGCAUGCAUGGAUCCGAGGGACCUUCAAUAUAUGCAUACCGGUCGAGAUAAAGUCUGGCGGCAGAUCUAGCACAGUCAUCAUGCGCUGCCCGAUGCCACACAAGCUCGCUGAGGCUAGGUAUUCUGGGACGGUCGACGAAAAGUUGAGUUGCGAGGUCGGAACGUACGCGUGGAUGCAGGCCAAUUCUCCUGACAUCUCUAUUCCUCACUUAGUUGGCUUCGGAUUUUCAGACGGCCGCCAUUACACCCACGCGAUUCACCGGCCGUUUUAUGUCCGUUUUGCGCACAUAGUCCGGCGCCAUCUCUAUGCCUUCCUCCGAUACCCUCUCCUCUCGCAAUAUACCCACAACCCGACCAUCUAUAGUCUACAUACAGGAUAUAUGAUCCUUGAAUUUAUAGGACCAAGCAGAGGGCAGAUGCUCUCCGAUUCGUGGACCGAGAGUCGAGAAGAUUCAACUAAGAAGAAGAAUCUUUUCCGAGGCAUAGCUCGCCUGAUGCUCUCUCUUGCUCGUGUCCCUCAACUAAGAAUAGGCUCAUUCCGAUACCAUGAUGACGGCAGUAUAUCGUUGUCGAACCGGCCACUCUCCUGCUCGACCAUCAUAUUAGAAAACGAUGGGGCAUCGAGGAUAAUGCACAGGAGUGAUACGUAUACAUGCACUGAGGCAUUUGUGUCGGAUAUGCUCACAUUCCAUGAUCAUCGCUUCCUUAACCAGUCAAACGCAGCGUAUGACGAGGAAGACUGCCGUGGUCAAAUGGCAGUAAAGACUUUACUCCGGACGCUUUCACAUCAUUACCUAAGGCGGGAGCUGCGCAAUGGGCCGUUCAUACUUCAGUUUACUGAUUUCCACGCAAGCAACAUUAUUGUCGACCAAGAAUGGAAUAUCACAUGUCUCAUUGACCUAGAGUGGGUAUGCUCCCUCCCUGCAGAGCAGCUCGCAGUGCCCUACUGGCUUACUGGAAAGAAAGUGGACCAGAUACGUGGGGAACAUCUUCACGAAUUCAACAGAGUGCUAGAGGAGUUUAUGAUCAUUUUUGAGGAGGAAGAGCAGAGGGCAAAAGUAAGUAGGGAGCACGAUACCUCACUGGCAAAGAUCAUGCAUGACAUGUGGGAAUCAAAAGGAGUGUGGUUUUGGUAUUGCAUAGAGUCUGUGAACUCGAUGCAUCUUCUUCUUGAGCAUCAGCUCUGUCCGAGGUUUUCGGGCAGUCUGUCUACGAAAGCUGAAGAGAUCAUAUCGCAGUUUUGGUGUGAAGGCUCAGCAAGUGUUGUUGUAAAAAAGCUUGCCGAGAAGGAGGGGUACGACCAAGAGCUUGUAAAGCUUUUUAUUGAAAGAGCGACUGACGCUAGUGGGGUAAGCCAGUGCAUAUAA